AUGAGUGAUUUGGUAGUUAUUACAGGAUGUUCUUCAGGUAUUGGACAUGCAAUUGCAUUGGAAUUUGCAAAGAAAGGUUAUAAAGUGAUUGCUGGUGCAAGAAGACUUGAUCCUAUGAAAGAUUUGAUCGAAUAUGGAGUUGAAAUAGUUAAGUUAGAUGUUACCAAGAUGGAAGAUAUCCAAUCGUUAAAGGACUUGAUUGAAUCCAAAUAUGACAGUAAGGUGAAGUACUUGUUCAAUAAUGCAGGCCAACCAUGUACUUUCCCUGCAGCUGAUGUCAAAGAUGAAGAUAUGAAACAAUGUUAUGAGGUGAAUGUUUUCGGAUGUAUUAGACUUACAAGAGAAUUGAUGAAUUAUAUCAUUAAUACCAAAGGAACUAUUGGAUUCACAGGAAGUGUAAGCGCUUUAGCACCAUUCCCAUUUUCUGCCAUUUAUUCUUCUACCAAAGCUGCUAUUCAUUCCUAUGCUAAUACUUUAGCCUUUGAAUUAGAACCUUUUGAUGUUAAGGUGAUUAAUAUUGUAACCGGAGGAGUUAAGACCAAUAUUGCUGAUGUUAGACCUCUUUAUCCCGAUUCCAGAUAUCAAGUGGAAGGUAUUGAAUUGGUGAUGGAUAAAAGAAGAGAAAUGGCAGUAAGAAAUAACCCUAUGACAGCUGAAGAAUAUAGUAGAAAAGUAGUUCAUGAUUUUGAAACUUCAAAAUUAGGAGUUGUUAACCGUUAUAGAGGGAAAAUGGCUAGUUUCUUCUGGUUUGCACUGAUAUUCAUUCCAAGAUUUGUCCUUUUGAGAGCUUUCAGAAAGAGAUUUGCCUUAACUGACUUAUGGGCUACUCUUAGGAAACUUGUUAGUAAAAGAAAGCUCGAGUAA